CUCAAGUGCUCGGCCACUGGUCUACCCCUACCGCAGAUCGUGUGGACAGUCGACGGGCAGCCGAUGUCCGACAACUGGCGCCUCCGUAUUGGGGACUACGUGUCCAGCGAUGGUGUAGUCAACUCAUACGUCAACAUCUCUAACGUCCGGGUAGAGGACGGCGGACUGUAUAAGUGUCUGGCGCUGAACGGCAUGAACACAGCCGUACACCACAACCGUGUGGUAGUGUUGGGCCCGGUAUUCGUGCGGCCCUUUGCCCACAACAUUACCGCAGUGGCCGGUCAUGGGGUACGGGUUGACUGCCCGGCCAAUGGCCAUCCCAUUCAGUCCAUUCAGUGGUUUAUCGGCUCCGGUAGUAACCAAUGGACAAAACUGCCCCAAAAUCACCGGCAGAGAGCCCUAACCAACGGCACACUUAUCAUCGAGUCGAUAGAGUCGCAUACAGACGAGCGCUGGUAUAGGUGUGUAGUGAACGGGUCGUCAGGGGGUGCAGGGGGUGUGGGGUCCACAGCUCACGGCAAUGUCUAUAUAGAGGUGUUGGUGGCCCCAGUAAUCAACCCCUUUCACGCCUCCCCUAACCUCCGGGAAGGUAUGCGACAAAUGUUGACGUGUGUUGUAGUCGACGGUGACGCCCCUCUUAGCAUACAGUUCCUUAAAGAUGAUGUGCCCGUCCGUCCGACCCCUCCCGGUGUCGGUCAUAACGCCGACGGCGGACACGAAGUGAAGGUUACGGCAAACGACGCCUUUUCAAAGUCCGUAUUCAUAUCCAACGUGACGGCCGACGACUCCGGUAACUACACGUGCGUUGCGUCCAAUAGAGUGGCCAACACUUCAUACUCCACGUAUUUGAAUGUUCAAGGUAUGCCGCCUAAAUGGGUGAUUAGUCCGAUGGACACGGAGUCCAUUGUCGACCAGAAAGUGGUCAUGAAUUGUGUGGCCAGCGGUCAGAGUAGGGUCUGGUGGGAGCGAUCGGAACUGGCCGACGGACAUUUGCGCACGGUCAUUUCAAAUUCACAUAUGCACACGCUGGAAAAUGGCAGUUUGACCAUCAAUGAUGUUACCCCGGAUGACGAGGGUGUCUACCUGUGUCAGGCCAAUAAUGGCGUGGGCAGUGGCCUUAGCAAAUUGGUCCAGCUCAAAGUGCACGUUAAAAAUUAA